AUGGCUACUCCUCCCAGGACCAACAACUUCCUCGUCCUUACUGCUGAGCCAGAGCCUCCCAGGCGCCGCUCUUCUACCUUCCUUUCUCUUGCUCCCGACACCUCAUCCUCGUGGCCCCAGAUGCCCGUGAGCCGUGGCUCUGUCAGCAGCACUGAUGGCGCCCAGCCCGAGCCUCGCCGCCGCAUCUCGAGCGUGAGCAGCGGCUCCCGAGUGCUCAAGCUAGGCCCCGUCCACUGGGGGGAGCACCUGGAUGAGCACAAGGAGGAUUUCCAUGAGAUCUCCCAAUAA